UGCGUUUUGUAAAUGUGGUUUUCUAUCUUUGGGUCCGCCAUCUUGGCGCUGCAUCUGGGUACUCUUGAAAUGAUACGAAAGAAAAAAAAAAAAAACAGCGUUGACCCGGAAGUAGUAUCUGCGCAGUGCGGCACGUGUUUCUCCCGCAGCAGCAUGGACCUCAGUGGUGGUUCUUCUGUGAGAUGUCUGUAGAGAUGGUGGAGCUCUCAGUGAAAGCAGCGGAGCCGGUCCGGCCGACGGGGGUCCUCCAACAGAACCGGGUCUUCCUCGAUUUCUUCUGGGACUUGGCCAAACCGGAUCAGGAGGUCCGACUGAAGGCGAUAGAAGGUCUGAUCCAGUACCUGAAAACCAACGACAAGGUGAGCGGACCACUGACGCAUGUAGAGUAACACUUCAACCAACAGUGAUUUCAUCUGUACUAGUAGCUUCUUCUUCAUGUUGAAGUAGAAAUAGUGACAUUUUUAUCUUAAAAUAUUACAAACCAUUUAUUUAGUCUGUUGUCAACGUAUCUCUCUGUAUAGACUCGUCAUAUAAUAGAAAAUGGUGCAAAGACAAAACAUCAAAUGAUAAAAAGUAUAAAUUUAUUUGUUAAGAGAUAUGUUUACCUGCAGGAACUUUUCUACAUUCCUGCUCGGUGGCUCUGGAUGUUGACUGGUCAAAUUUUCUUAUGAGCUUUAUUCAUCAUCUGCAACAUACUGAAAUCUACUAACUCACUGAAUUUCAACAACUGCAAUUUAACAAAUAAUGGGUUUGAAGGAUCUCUGUAUUGACUUCUACUAAUAAUUCCUAUCGCUCUUUUUUGUAAAUUGAAAAUUGGCUGGAUGGAAGUUUUGCAUGCACUUCAACACAGUAGGUCAGAUAUGGAACAAUAAUUGAAAUUAUACAAGAGGUACAAAGCUUGAUUAUCUAAGUCGUCCUUUACUUUGUUUAACAUAGCAAUUGUUUUCUUUGUAUUCUCAUUUAGGUUUACUAAAGUACCUUUAACUCUUAAUCCUUAUAUUGAAAGUCUACCACACAUCCAUAUGUUGAUAAAUUAAAAGUUAUUUCCUUUAUGAAGUCUUCUGCAAAUCCUAAUACAUGUCAAACAUCCACACAGUGUAUUUUAAGUUUUAACAACAUGAAUUUUUCCUCUGUUGUGCUCGCUACUGCAGGCAGAUGAGCUGGAAUACACAUUUAAAAGGCUCGUGGAUGGACUUGCACACACGCGAGAGACUGCAAGACCUGGAUUCAGCCUGGCUCUGGGACAGGUGAGAGCGCUAUAAUUCUUUAAAGAGAAUAUGUGUUAAAGGUGGGGUCGGCAGGAUCUGAGGAAGUGGUAAUGGAACUUGUGUACUUGAGGAGAGGCUUUGCAGUGUUAAAUCAAGGGUAUUAUUUGUGUGAAAAACUCAUGACUAAAGUGCAGAAACAGAUGUGAAAUUCAUGAGCAUAAUUCCCAAACUUAGCUACAGAUUUCUUUUAUCUGGGUGAAAUAUGUUUGUUUUGCAUGAAAUUAUAAUUUGUAAUUGUAUAUAUCUUUUUAGGUGUUGAGUGCCUUUGAAGACGUCUCUUUGCUGAGCAUACUCAAAAGAAUCAAAGAAAAGCACAACCUGCAGGCUGUGAAGAAGGUGUGUGUUUGACAUUGUCUCUGCGAGCGCCACCAAACUCUUUUUGAACGGGUACUGAAAGUUCCUCUCUUGCUUUUCAGAAACUCUUCAGAAAUGCUUUGUUUGGAAACAUGUUUGGGGUUCUGGCCCUGCAACAGUCCAGCCGCCUCUCUAAAGUAAGCAGAUAACAGCUCAUUUCUUCAUCUUUGAAUAAGAGCCCGCUGAGGUCUGAGUGAUUAGCUGUGAGCACUACCGUGGUCUCAUGGUUGUGUGUUUUCUUGCAGGAGCCACAGGUGGUUUUGGGAUGUGUGCAGCUCCUCCAGAGUCUCACCCAGCAUAGACAACACCUAAGAGACCUGCCUACAAAGACCAUGAUGGACAUCCUCAAUGAGGUAACAACUGCUGCACCAUUACACUUCCAAUUAGUCUAAUACAAAGACAGAAUUUAGACACAUGAGCUGUAACUUUGGCCUUUUGGCUCAAACUGAUGUGUGUGUUCACACUCUGUCAGAUCCCAGAGGAGGUGUUUGAGGAGGUUCUGUUUAGCGCCCUGCAAACUGACCUGGCAUCAGCGUUCAGGACACCAGAGCAGCUGCAGUUACUGUUGGUGGCACUCCAGCGCUUCCCGCAAACACUCAAACCGAAGAAACUCAAGAAGCUGCUGGGCUCCUCGACGAUUAUCAACGCUGACAACAUCCCAAAGUGCGAAGACUAAAAUUGAGUUUUUUCUGUUUUUUCCUUUUCAUUCGUCACAUCUUCUCUCCUAAUUAUGUUGAGUAACUCUUUGACAGAUUUGCACUUUUUUUAAAUGUUAUCUUCUUACUAGCUGUGUAUCUGUCAACUUCACAUCCUUGAGCUAUGCGAAGCGUACACACGAGUCCCGCGUGCUUCAUCUUAUAAUUAACAGCUUCGGUGUGAAAAAUCAAACCUGUGUUUUAUGAUGCUCUCUGGCAGGUUGACAGAGGUGUUGAAGAUGGCGGCACGCUCAGUGAAGAAGGAGUGUGUGCUCCCAGCUGUGGUCCUGGAUCUCCUGAAGCUCUCUUUAAAAGAAGACAGCUUCCAGCUCUUCUGGACUCACGCCAUAAACAAUGGAAUGUUAAAGGAUUCACCGGGACCAUCACAGUGAGUGAACAAAGGGCUAAGAUACACUGAUCCCAACAUCUCUGAAAUGUAGGACCCAGUUCAAAAGGUUUGAUACCAAUAAGAGGGAUCUGAAUUUGGUAAUACACUUGUUGGUUUAGUGUUUUUUUGUUUUUAAAGAAAGAGAAGAAGAAGAACAGAGUAGAUAUACCUGAUCUAGAUACCAAUAUCUAAAAAUAACCAAACCCUUGGGCACUGCUGUGGUUCAGUAGUUGACUUGGACACCCCAAGAGCAGACCUGGAUUUGGGGCUACUCUAUCUACUGUCCCAUUUUAAUAUCAAAGGCAUGGAAAAUUUUAGAAGAUCCUUAAAAAUAUGGAAUUCUACAAUAAAAUGACCAAAUCUGAAUAAGCAAACUUGUUCAGGGGUCAAUGUAUGUCUUAGUUUGUCCACAAGGGGCGCUAAAAUCCACACCUUGAAACAUCCCAACUGUAACUCUCAUUCAGUCUUUUUAUAUUUUAUUCUGACAGUAAUUUUUUGUCUAAGGAUAAGUUUUGGAGUUUUUGCCUUUAUUUGAUAGCUUAAGUAAAACAGAAGAUGGGGAGAGAGGAGGGGGUCUGUGAUUUACACUUAAACUUGUCAGGGCUUUGAAUUAAUCCCAAGACCUGUAACCUCUGUUAAUGGGGCACCUGCUCGACCAUCUGAGCUAAACCAGUACUCCAGCAGCUGUUCGCUUCAUUUUUUUGUGAGGAUAAAAUCUUUUUUUUCCACAAUCUUCAGUGAGCUUGUGUCAAUUGUGUGUCUCAGAGCAGUUUCUACUUACCUUCCCUUCACAUUUUAAAGCAGUGACCUAUGAACGAAAAUCUCAUUCUGCUGACUUUUGACAGUCAAACGUGUCAUUAUUGCGAAUAUUUCACAUUGAAGUUAAAUUAACAGAGCGCUUUCUUUGGCAUUGACACCUACCCUCUUGCAACAAUUUGAGACAUUAAAUGUUAUAUGAUAAAAAAAAAUUCAAUUGUGCUGCACCUUGGAUAGUUUUAUUCUGAUCUAAUUACUUGAACAACUGCUGCACCAGCUUUGUAUGACAUUUAACAAGGCUUAGUUUGAAGUAAGCUUAACAUACAAAGGAGUUUACACAGAGCAGUAGCUGUAAAUCAUUGUUUAUCAACUCAUGCAAUAAUGGAACAAGAAGAUAAAGUGGAGACAGACUUGAGUGUUUUUUACCUGUACAUUCAGUUUCAGCAGUAUGGUUGGAUUUAAAAAGUGAUGCAUGUGAUGAUGAUAAUACAGCCUGUUAACACAGUCUCUUCCUCUUUCGGCUGUUUGUGUCCAGUUACCUGGGCUUCCGUCUGCUGGGUGCUGCUCUGCCUUUCCUGUCUCUUGAUCAGCUGAAGGAGGUUUUAUCUGGAGAUGUGAUGAAGCUCUACGGAGAGCAUGUUGUGUCUGCUCAAGUAAGUGUUCUCGAUAGAGUCAGGCACGUUUUCUUUUUUUUUUUUUUUUGCAUCUUCAGUUAAGUUAAUUUGGUAAUCACUCUAAAACAAGACUGCACACUUAAUGCAAAACCCUUAAUUAGCUUCAGAAUUUUGGGGCUCUCAUCCUGUAGCACUUAUUCAGUCAGUACAGUAAAAAUCUUGCCUCAGUUAUUCUUCUGUUUGCAGGUGCCAUGAAUAAAACAACAAAACCCAGUUCGAUAUUUCACAUUCUGAGUCUAAGUAGUUCAGAAAUGCUCUGCAGCUGUUUCCUAGGUAGUUAAGAGCCGAACUUCAGCGAGGGUCAAGUGGUUAUAAUAUCCUGCAGAAUCACAACCUGGCCUUACCUUUGAGUUCAUUCGUUUUUCCCUAGAUUAGUACAGGGUUAUUGACUAAUUGAAAGCUCUAUGUGGAGUUUUAACUGCUACCUCUUGUGACAUUUGAGUAGUAUUUGUCUAAGAGGUCAGUGUUGUUUCAUUCACUCCUGUAGAUCAUGAAAAUCAUUCGUGUGAUCUUAAGCCAACAGCUCUGCAUGUUGACUUGUAAAUAAUAUGUGCGUCUUUUAUGAUAUUCCCUCGACAGAAACCGGACCGUUUUAAACUGGCCCCGGAGAUGGAGGUCUACGUGUCCGACUUCCUUCAGGGCUGUCAGGAUUCUGACAAACAGCUGGUCGUGAUGGUGGGCUUCUCCUCGCUGGUCAAUCAGGGUUACCCCGUGGUGCCGUCAGUGUGGAGGGUGGUGCAGCACCUUCAACCUGCAGCUCUGCAGAGCUACGUGGACUGGCUGAAGAAGAUGUUUCUGCAGCCGCAGCUGGACAAACUGCUGGCCUGCAGCACCCGCAAGCAGAGGGACAACCAGGAAGGACAGGAACAGUGAGUGGUUACAUGUUGUGUAUGUUUACUGGCUUGUUUGAGAUUUUCUCAACUUUUGAGCCUGAUGACGCUGAUUUUAAAACUAGAAAACCACAGCUAUGUUUUUCUUUUUCUUUUCUUGUAGGAAAGAGAACUCAAUUUUCCGCCUGAGGAAGUGGAUCGUUGCUCGCCUCGUUGCAAUCAUAGACAACCACCAAGUGAAGAAACAGGAGGAUCUUAUCAUGGAUGUGGCCAGGUAAGAAAAUGACAGUAUUUGAAGACUUUUAAAGGUCUCUACGUUUGUUGAAGAGAGAGACAUCCACUGAUGUCGUUGCUUUUCCAGGUUCGUCUUCUUCCAUUCGUUCUUCAGUGCAAAGAAAGCCACAGCAGAGAUCCCCGAGACUGAAGGGAAACUUUCCGUCCCUCUGGAUGAUAAAACCAGAGCGGUGCUUGUUAAUUCCUUCUUUGGGUGAGUGAUGAAACUUCUCUGCUGUUCCUGAACUUAAACUUCUGAAAUAUCACAUUACGGAUAGUCCAGAUUAGUGUUGCACCUAUAGAUUAUUUUCCUACCGAUUAAUCUAACAAUUAUUUUUUCUAUUAGUUGACUAACUUAUCGAUUAUUCUAACAAUUAUUUUUCAUUAACUGAUUAAUAUUACAAUGAAUGUAACCAAAAUAGCAAGUAAAAACGUGUCCUAUUAGUAUUUAAUUCAAUGAUUUUGUCAAGAAUUUCUUGAAAUCAAACAAAACAAAACAUUUGGGUUAUAAAAUCCGGGAGAUUUUUGUGGCGCACGCCGGGCAGUUUUGGCGUUACCUGGAUAUGAGCUAAUCAUGAGAGUAUUUGUAAUUAAAUUGCUCAUCCAAAUAAGUAUAAGUGAAUCUGCACACUUUUUUGUUUUGUUUUAACAAUAACAAAUGGUCAUAAAAAAAAUAAUAGCUCUUGGAAAUGUGAACGAGGAAGCCAGGAAGAACACAUUCAUUGAUUAAGAGGAGCUGCUCAUAGAUCACGCUAAAGUAGGUUUUAAAUCGACCUCAUUAGGUGGAGCUCGUUUGCCGUCCAUGCCUCCACCGUUACCUGAAGUAGCUAUUGUCUACGUCAUCAUGCAACGUGUCGAUGCUUGUUUUUUGCGUCGACAAAUUUUUGUAGUCGAUUACGUCGACGAAUCGCCCCAGCCCUAGCCUAGAUGUAUUUGUCUUUACAUUAUUCCACAAACUUAUUUUAGUCCUUUGAGCUCUACAUGACUGGUCAAAAUCAUAGUUAUAAUUUUUCAGUUUAAGUUGAGAUCACAGUUUUCAAACACUCAUAAUUUGACAUCUACACCACACGUGUUUAUGCAACUGAAAAACCGUCCACUGCCUAAACUCCCUGACUGUCUGUCUCCAGCUGUUCCAUAUUAUAAAGGCAAAGUUCCUUCAAAAUAAAUAAAAAAGUAACAUGAACCGGUGCCUUUGUUUGCUGUGCAGCUGGGCUGACAGCUUCCCUACCUGACAGAGAAUGCUGUUAAUUACUGUGCACCAGUUUUUUUCAAACUAAGCGAACACUUAAGAUGUGAAAAGCUGCCAGAAACUAAUCUGAAUUUGAUUUGGUGACUGGGCUUUUAGUCAGGAAAUGGUACCCUUCAAGUCGUCAGGAAAACAGCACCAGAAAAUUACAGAUGUUUCACUGAAGUGAGUCAUCAGGCCUCUCUGAGAAAAACAAGCCUGAAAAAAUCAACACCUGAAGAGCCUGAGUGGGAGGCUCUUAUUGUCCAAACAGCUGCACGUGUGUUUUUGUUCUCUAACUUUAUGUCUCCUAAACUCUCCAGACUUCUUCUGUCCAUGCAUCACCUCCCUUUGAGCGAGGACCCGGCAGAAGGUGCAGCAGUUAACCAGAAGCGGGUACUAGGUGUAACAGCAGACGGCACCAUGUGGAUCUACCACCUGGUCCAGUACGCUCAAGUCCUGCUAAGCCAACAGAAACACGUCCAGAGUAGCAAACCGUUCACCUCCGAGCAAAGACAAGCCUGGGACAGGUAAGACGACAGGAUUAUGGUCGGUUUAAUACUGAACCGGGGAAAGUCAUGAUCUCAUUUAAGUGUUUUUAUAACAGGUUUGUUUAAUCACAAGUGAGACAAAUACGAUGCCGAGUUAAGAUGUGACAGCUGUUAAUGUUUGUACACUUUCACACUCUACUGCUACACCCAGUAUCUUUUUAAUUGGUACAACAGAAGGAGGUGUGAACGUGUUAGGUGGCUGAUUCUACAUCUGUGAUUUUUCCAGCAUGCUCGAGUCGGUGUCAAAACUGAGGAAGAAAGCGAAGAAAGGCCUGACUGCUGAGAGCAGUGCUUUCCAGCAGCUUUUCCUGUUGGUGGGCAUGCAUCUCUUCAAGGUAAAAUACCACCAAACCAUGAUCUGGAGGAGUUGUUGUCCUGGUCGUUCCAAAGUCGAGGUUCAAAACUAAAGGUGAUGUAUCUUUCUCCAUCAGAGCUCCUCGACUUUGGAACGACCUGCCAGAGGAGAUAAGGCGUACAGAGACAGGCGUUUCUUUUCAGUCAAAUUUAAAAACUCACUUUUACAGACUUGCUUUUAGGUGAUGCCGUCUUUUCUCUUCUUUCUUUUCUCUCUUUUACCUCCAUCUUAUUUCGACUUACUGUCUUUUUAGCCUUUGUUUUACUUAUAAUCUUUUCUUAUUUAACCUUUUAGGCGUUUAAUUGAUUUUAUUGUUUUUUUCUUGUUCAUUUUUGUCAUUCUGUUUUAUUGUUAUGAUUUUAUUAUCAUUAUUAAUAUGUCUAUUUAUAGUUACUAUCCUGUUUCCUGCUUUCUACCCCCCUUUUUUUAUCACAUUUCUUUUUCUUACCUAUUUUAUGUUUUUAUUUUGGUUCUCACGGUCUCAUUUUAUAUUGCAGAGUUCUUGUAUUGUCUGGGUUCCUUAUGACAAAUGAAAUUAGCCUUGAAUUUGGAGGCCUUGUUUUAACUGAGCUUUUGUUUUUAUUUGUUUUUAUUUCCAUGUGCUGAUGUUCUGUGCUUUAUGACUGUUUGUCGAAGCGCUUUGUAAACUUCUGUUUUUAAAAUUGCUAUAAAAUAUAGUUGUUAUUAUUGUUGAACUCCUGUCAGCCAAAAAUGCAAAUCCAAAUAGUAGCAAGAGCAGGAAUCUGUUAUUCACUUGAGUAUUUUUCCCCUGAAGGCCCCCGAAGAGCUGCUGGACAUCAUGAAGGACCUGCAGAGCUGCAUGGACAAAGCUGAGGAGAAGAAGGCCAAGAAGAAAAAGAAGAAAAAAAGUGAGACCUCUUUCACCCUCCUAAAUCUUAGUUUCUCUCCAAUCAGACCCCGAAACCUUAAAGAGCUACAGACACAGAAUUAAAAAUGGAGACUUAGAUAAUUGUGUUUUCCACAGAACGACUGAGUCAGUAAUCAGCUCAAGGUUGUGCUUCCAGCUUGUUUUCCUGGUCCAAAGUGAUAAAAACAAAACAACAAAUGCCGCUUCAAAGUUUGUGAAUAUUUGUGUCUUGAUAUAGUUACAGAGCAGCAGCAGGAGGAGGAGGAGCUGGAGUGGGUGGAGGUCAUGGUGGACAUCUUGUUGUCCCUGCUGUCCCAGCAGAGCCGACUCAUCCGACAGGUCUGCAAGACGGUCUUCUCCUCCAUCUGCCCCCAUGUGACGGCUGCAGCUCUCACUGCUAUCUUAGAUGUAAGUUACCCAUACGAGGUCGUUUACGGUCAAACUGUAGAGAACAGUCAUCUUAGCCACCAUUUGUCACUUCUGACAAAUGAGGGUGUUGGUUUCCGCCGAAUAGAGCCUUAUCUUGGUCCUCCGGCGAUUCCUUCAUUUGUAUUCAACACCAAAAACAGGUCCUGGAGAUUCACUCGUUUCCUCAGACGAUAUAAAAAUACAGACAAUUGUUUUUUCAAAGCUGUUCAAGAGCAAAGAGAGAGAUGUCAGAAAAUGGUGACUCCACUCCAUUCCUGUUUGACUGCAUCUCUAUUAUCAAUGCGAUGUAAUGGUGCACAGUCACGCCUGCACACUGGUGGUAUUUGUGGCUGUUGUCCUGAAAACAUAAAAACCUCUCACUGUGAGGGUUUGGUGUCUUGAACAUGAUUUGUUGUAUGUGGAUUAAAUAAGAAUCAUCAAUUGCAUUGAGGUUCCUAUGGUGAGCAGAGAAAGAUGUAAGACUAGGAGUGUAAUGGUGCAAAAUUAUGUGGAGUGGCAAAUUGAAAUGAAUUAUUCAGAGUCGUCUUCACUUGUGUAGCUCGACUCUCUCCUCUGCUGUCCGCUUGUUGGAGCUUCGCAGGGCUGGCUUGAUACACACACAUAAACAUAUGUCUAAAAAUGGCACUGCUUACUACCACGGAUGUUGACCUCCCGAGCUAAAACCAUUUUUUUUGGAUCACGUCUUUACUGAUUAAAGGCUCACCGUUGUUGUUGUUUCCCACUGAACCCACAAGAAAAAGUCACUGUACUAAAACCAACGUUUCAGCCGCCCACACGAGGAGCCACACAUGCUCCUGUUUUCUGUUCAAAGAGGGGACCUGCCAUCCAAACUGAACCAAAGUUUUCACACAUCUACAGUAGGGGUGGAAGAAAAAAUUGUUUCAGCACAGUAUCACGGUAUUUUGUCUGGUGAUAUAUCGUCUCAUCCACUAAGUAUCGAUUUUUUUCAAACUAAUUGCUAAUAUGAAGUCAAAUCUAUGAUUAUGCGGAAAAAGUUAGUCCAGCAAACAUGGCAGCACCUGGGGAGGGACAUCAGGAAUACAAGCAGGGCACAAAUGAGAUGGACACGACACACAAGGUUUACAAGAAGUGCUACAUGACAAUAAAAUUCUGUGUAAAUAAGACAAACAUAACAGAAAGACAAAUGCUAAAUCAGCCGAGCAGUUAAAACCACUGUAUAAAUCACAAUAUAUGGUACUGCAGUAUUCACUGUAUCCCUAAUUCAUGACUGUUUGCGUUUUUGUUUUUAUUUGUGUUAUUUUUACGAGCAAUCUGUCUUUUUACCCGGAGCUUACAGUGAAUAAUCUAGAAGUAUGUGUUUCUCAGUUUUGCAUCAGUAAAUGUAAAGAUUCAUUCUCUGGUCUGCAACACAGAAAAGCAGCUUAUAGUGAUGUAUCAUCGACCUGUGCCAAUUCAUCGACAGAGAUUUGACACCUCGUGUUUGCUAACUGCAGUGUUACCACACAGCCAGCUUUAGCAGAUAAGAGUCUUUAAUGGUGUUCAAAGUCACUGAGGUCGUGUACGACGCACUGUGAAAGCUUUGUAAGUGAUUGUUCCUCAUUUUUGGCUCGAUGUAGGUCCUGGACCCAGAACAAGAUGAAGAGGACAGUGCUGUGGUUGUUACAGAUGACUACAAAUCCCAGAAGAUGGAAACAGAUGAUGAUGAAGAGGAAGAGGAGAAUGAGGAGGAUAAAGAUGAGGAGAUGGAGGUCAGACAUACUCUUUUACUUCUUGACACUUUUUCAGCAUCUGCGUUUAAAAUCUGCAUCUCAGAGUUUUAUGAAUAAGAUGGAGGAGGAGUGUAAGGAAAUCCUAAACUAUUUUAUUUGUCAGGAGGAAGAGUCCGAUGGAUCAGAUGAUGAGGAUGAUGGAGAUGAUGAUGAUGAUGAUGAAGAAGAAAUGGAGGAUGAGGAGAUGGAGGAGGGAGAGGUGGACCAAAACUUCCGUUUGGAGCUGAUGAAAGUCCUGCAGAAGCAGAACGCUCUGGUGAGAUUUUGAGCCUUCAGGUUGUCACAGCUCUAAACCGAGACGAUUAGUAUAUUAAAUUAAAAUGUAAUUAAAACAUUGUGGUGUCAUUGCACGAGAGAAAUCUAACAUUAAACUGUUUUCAGGCCACUGAGGAGGAUGCCAGCAGUGAUGAAGACUUGGAUGAUGACGCCAUGAUGAAGCUGGAUGAAGGUCUGGCAGCUCUGUUCUCAGAGCAGAAGAAAAAGAGCCAGGCCAAGAAGGAUGAGAAAGCAAAACUACAGAAAGAGAAGACGCUGGUCCGAGAGUUUAAGAUCAAGGUAUUUGAACUUGAGCCUGAGUUUAGUUUAACACCAUGGAAAGACGUCUGGUCUAGUUUUAUCCUAAAAACUAUAAACUCUCUCCCCGUGUUGUAGGUGUUGGACCUGGUGGAGGUGUUCGUGGCUCGGCAGGCUGGCAGUCCUCUCGUUCUCGGUUUGGUGGAGCCUCUCCUCAGAAUCAUCGACAGAGGGAUGAACUCAGACAGCGACCAGCAGGAGCAGGACUUCCUCCGCAGAGCUGCAGACAUCUUCAGGUAUCACAUGUUGGAUGUGGGCGGAACAUCUGUGUUUGUCUCCAGCUCUGGUGUUAUUUCUUUCUGUUGCGACUUUAUUUGCAUAAUAACAAUAACAAUAAUGAUAAUAAUAACAAUAAUAAUAAUAAUAAUAAUAAUAAUAAUAAUAAUAAUAAUAAUAAUAAUAAUAAUAAUAAUAAUAAUAAUAAUAAUAAUAAUGAUGAUGAUGAUGAUGAUGAUGAUAAUAAUAAUAAUAAUAAUAAUAACAAUAAUAAUAAUAAUAAUAAUAAUAAAUUAUUAUUGUGUUUGUAAGCCUUGUUUCAGUUUUUCCAAUAAUAAUAAUAAUAAUAAUAAUAAUAGUUGUUGUUAUUAUUGUUUGUAAGCCUUGUUUCAGUUUUUCCACCAGAGAUCACCUUCCAAGUGUGAUCUCUGGCUUUUUGUGUAACCUCACUCUGAUCAUCUGUUUUUUUAUAGAGUAUACUUUGGAAAACUUUCAUUUUUGGCUUAUUGUGUUGUAAUAAUCACACCAAACUUUGCUGCAAAACAGUUUUGACCUCCAGAGAUAUUUGUAGUUUGCUGCCAACUGGCUGUUGGCUGACAUUUACAUUCAGUCGAAAAAAAAUCCAGUUUGAAUCCUAAAUGACUGGAACAAUCUGUGCACAUUUUUCUCUGAGAGCUGCACAAAACAGGCUCAGGAUGUUGAGGUUAAAUGUUGUUGCUGUGUUAGGAUGGGUUCAACCAUGUGGAGCCAUGGGAGCUUUGUGGAGGUUAGAAGAUGCAAAAAUGAACUUUUUCUUUCUGCAAGCAAGUAUUAAUCUGUUUUAACCGCAUUGAUUACCAGGAACCAGCUGUGCAGGUCGAAGGUUUACUGCAGGACUGUUGGUGACAGACAGGGGGAGCUCCACGACCUGCUGGACAAACUCAUGACUAAAGCCCAGAAACUGCCCGACUCCUCAGUCUGCCUUUACUACUUCAGGUACAGCUGAAAGAUCAUGACAUGAACACACACCUCACUAUGUUUCAUGAGUUUUGUCACGGGUGUUUUUUUAUGUCUGGUUGAUGGUGAACUGUCCUUGCAGUGCGUCUCUGUACGUGGUCAAAGUGCUGCGAGGAGCUCCGCCUGCUGAGGGGAAAGAGGACAAAGCUGCAGCAAAUGACGUAUGUCCACACACCUGAUUCGUUCCUAUCCCUGUAAUCAUUUGCCUCAGGACUUCAGGAAAUCAGUCACACUCUUCCUGUCGAAGGUCUCAGUAUUGGUCGACACAUUGUUGGCGUUUAGCUGCAAGCACUGUUGGCGUUUAUUACUGCUGUCUCUAAAAGUACAGCCUUAAGUAUUUGGCAGCAUUAAGCUUAACUAGUGUAUAAUCACCAAAUAAUUAAAGUCAGCAUUUUUAAUGGGCGCUAAUAUCGUACAUCCUUGUGUUACUACAGGAGCUCAGGAUGGAAAAACUGAAAGAUCUACUCCAAUGAAACUCGUGUUUUUCUUGUUUUUUAUAUAUUCAUAUGAUAUUUUUCUGAUGCUACAGGGCGUAUCAUGAGAAAACUAAAUGCAAAAUUGCUUUUCUAAGUAUUUCUUGAUUCAAAUGGCUGUAAAUCUCUUGCAGACCCAAACAGCAGGUUCAGAAACAGUGAGAUUUCAUAUGUAACCAAUCCAAGCUCCGCCCCCCAGAGCCCCGCUAUGCGGGCCACACUCUGCAUAUAGAGGAGAAAUAUAUAGGAUGAUCAUAGAACAAGUGUGUGCGUUAGCGGAUUGCAAUGCUCGUAAGAAAGCUAAUUAUGACAUCAAAUUUCAUCGUGUCCCUGAAGACAUUAGUCACUUCUACGACACCGGCAAUAUUAGGCUGCAAACUAACGUGAAGUUGAGCGUGUAGAGCAGCGCUGUCUCCUCCCACGACUCAGAGGCGAAUUGCUAAUGAUCUACUGGAGCUCUGCUGAAGAAAAGCCCUUGAUAAUGACACACAAGUAACGCGAUUUUUGGUAAAAUCACAAUUUAAAGACCACUGAAAACACUUAAAGUAGGUAAAAAAACGAUCAGAGUGGGACUUUAAUGCCGUACAUCAUACACGUUUCUGUAUUUGGUGAGCGGCGAUCAAGAUUGAAUUGUCUGGAAGAUGCAGAAGAGAGAGUUUGAAACUUGAAUUGAGAGACACUUUUGUUAAUAGAAACUUGACAAGUGAUGGAUCAUAUUUCUGCAUCACAAAAGCGUUCUUUUUGCCUCACUAAGCCUUUUGCUCUAAAAUUGGAUGACUAGAUGUCGCUCAAUAUUCCCAUUUCCACACACUGCAUUAAGCUUAUACAAGACAAAUCGAGGUCUGCUCCUGUAUUUUAGUGAGUCAGUCCUGAACAAUUUGCCCCCUUGGCUUCAAAGUGUCUUUAUUAGUCAGAUCUCUUUUUUUUAUGACAGUUCAUCUCAACUUUAAAAGUUUCUUUCAAACUAAUGAGUUAGUUAUCAGUGGUUGGCACUUAUUUCAGUGGCUGAUGACUAAUCGGUGAAUUGUUGCAGCCCUUGUUUUAAUCAGUCUGAGGUUCCUGCCUCCAUCCUUCAGAACAAAAAUAAAUCCAUUUCUAAAACUCAACAGCAACAUGCUGCUUGUAAUUGGCGUAAUAGGCGAUGGCUGUGUCCCUGUGAGACUUGACAGUGUGACAACGGACCAGCGUGAUUAACACUGAGACUCUGAAGUAAAAGCAGAUAAUUGGAUUCAGGCACGCUUGAGUUCAGUAUCUUCACUGUUGUAUCUCUUCAUGGUGUGAUUGUGUUUGUGUAGUUGAGGUUUACAGGUAACAUGGAUGUGGAUCGGGUCUCCGCUGUCUUCAGAGAGGCUCUCAGCUCCUUCAUGGGCAAGAGGAAGAGUCCUCUGACAGCUCAGAUGUUCACAGACCUGUUCAGCAGAUUCCCUGUGAGUACACUCAGUCACACACAUCUUCAGAUUUAUAAAGAAGCAACAUCUCAGCUCUCAGUAACUGAAGCAAGUUGUGAUUUUUUUCAAGGUCUUGUGUGUGAACCUGUUGGAUACAGCAGUGCAGCACAUCACUACUGGAGUCAGAGUGCACCAACAGGUAAAGAUUCUCGAUAUUUUCAACCACAGGAACAGUUUGGAUUAAAAAAUAAUGAAGAAAUAAACUCAAGAUAAUCGUAUUUUUCGCACUAUAAGGCGCACUUAAAAUCCUUUUGGCUUGUCGGCGCACUGGAGCUACCAAAGACUCGCAGAGAUAUUGAAUGAGUUAAAGUUUGACUUAUCUGACUGUUUUGUUUGGCUUAAUGUGCUUUAUAAUCCCGUUCGCCUUAUGCAUGAAAAUAGACGCGUUUAUUGAUGGUGCGUCUUAUAAUCAGGUGUGCCUUAUAGUGUGAAAAAUACGGUAAGUCUGAAUUCAAACAUGAAUAAAUUGACAUCCUGCCAAUUCAUGACCUGCUGUUUCUACUGUUUUAUAUGUGCGUUAGUCUUCCAGCUGAUGGAUGUGCACGUUUGUGUGUUUUAGGGUCAAGCAUGUGUGCUGGUGCUGCGGGCGAUGCAGAGCAGAGAGGUUCAGCAGCUGCUGAACGGCGACCCGUGGACAGAGCUGUGCGUAAAGGUCGCAGGUCAACUCGCAGCAGUAAGUCAAUACAAAAGUCCACCACAGCGUUUAAGUGCAGCUCCACCUCAGAGAUAGGUUUACAGCAUUCACUUCUGAGGCAGUAUUUUCCAGGUUAAACUCAACAGUUUCAACAAACAAGCUGGUAUGAAGUAACGCUAUGACAUCAAGAAAUUAAACUUGAUUAAGAAUAAUUGAUAAACUUUCUCUGUGUCCAGAUAUUGAAAAAAUAGCUUCUUGCUGACAUUUUUUAUGCUAAACAAUGUCUCUGAGCUCUUUUUUCAUCCCUUUUAAAGGUUGGUUUGAUUAAUAGAUAGAAUUUAAUUUUACUAAAAGUUCCUUACAGGAGCUUUAAAAUCCUCAAACACAGACCAGUAUUCAAUCAUUGGCCGGGUCCUUUAUUACAAUCACACUCUUUAGGAGUGAUAAAAGGCUGGCUUUCAUGUUUCCACCACGGGGAAUAACUAACAGUGAUCACACACCAGCCACAUGUUUGGUGAAGUUACAAGGGUAUUAAAUUUGUACUAAACUUUAUCACAUCCCAUCUCCAGUUUGCUUCAGUUUUCUGUUUUAAUGGUGACAUUGAUUACCAGUAUCUGUCAGCACCUCCAUGCUCAGCUGCUCAGAGCUGCGGCCCAUAGACUGUUAUCCUGACCGCAGUAUAUUCUCUCGACAUAUAUGACUAGCUGCAUGGAGAGGGAAAGUCUUCACAUUUUAUUGUAGAGUCGAUGUAUAACAGAUGUGACAAAUUUCCCAGUUUGUUAUCAGCUUACUGUCGGGAGCUUGUUUGAAAUAAUAAAUAAAUAAUUACUCCUUCAUGCACGUUGGCACAGCCUGUAUGCGCAGAGGGUUGAAACACAGACAGCCCCAGAUUGAUUCAACUCCUGGUUAUUAUAGAAAAAGUCACGUCUGUGUAAUAUCAAUAGCUGUUGUGAACAUAUAUAAUAUUUCUAGGUCAUCCAGUGGGGGAAUUGUCGCAAUCACUGAAGAGCCGGAGCGUGACAAAGCUCAUAAAUACCACAGCAGAGUUGGAGAAAAAUCUCUGUGACGUCUGCUCUGUUGUUUGGUGCUUUUUUUUGCAAUGUCAUUUAUUUGCAAAUAAAUGCAUGAUGGUUCAUUGAAAUGAAUGCAAGCACAAAUAAUAUUAAAUAACAAUAUUAAAAAUACAAAUAAUUUAUAGUCGCCUUUUAAAACAGCUGAGGACACCGUAAGAGACACAGAUACAAACAAACAGUGAGAAAACGAGUUAGAAGAUGUCACAGUUUUAGAAAGAGGAGAUCAGAAGAGUGACAGCCAGGGUUCUGCUAUACAGUACAGUACAUUAUAGCACUGUUUGUGGAGCAGUAAAGUCUUUGUACAUGCUCUAUGAAUAAGAAAAAUAUCUUUUUGGACAGGUUUAUUGGGCAAAAAAGCCUGGCCAUCCUUUUGAAAUAUGAAUAAUUAUAUUUGUUGGAGAGUUUGAUAUAGAGGCCUGCCUCUUAUACAAGCCUGUUUGAUAUUUGGACUUGGUACCUUGGGAAUAAAGUUCCCAGUCUAUGUUUGAGGAUUUUUGGUAGUUAUGACUUAAAAAUGUCUUUAUAGCUGCUUAAAACCUUAAUCACCCACUAUGAUGCUUAGUCUGAAACAUCCAUAGUAAGGCAGUUGUUGUAGGGAUAAAUAAAGUCAUUAUCGCCUCUGCAGAGGAUACAUAAAUGGCUCAGCAUGAAUGACAGUCUCAUCUGGACGUCCUCUCUCAGAGUCUGCAGCAGGUCGAGCAGACUGACAGCAAAGUCGUGAAGGAGAAGGUGGUGAAAACUCUGGAGCUCUGUCAGUUCCUGGUCAAACACGUUCACCAUCAGGUAGGAGGGGUGUUGAAUAUACAAAUCAAAUCAUGAAAGAGGGACUGUAGCUGUGGUUUUAUUCAGACUGAAAACUUUCUCCCUGCGUCCUGCACUUUGCAGAAACUGUCUGUGGACCUGGAGUCCCUGAAGAAGGUCCUGCAGUCUCUGACCAGUGUCAUCACGUUCAAUAAGACAGGAAAGCUGGAGGACACGUACUGGGCGGUGAUGAAACACUUUGGAGUCAUGUGAGUAAACCAAGUGCAUGUCAGCAUACCUCCUAUUUACAGCAUACUUGUUUGACAUCUUUGCAGUUGACUACAUGAGUAUCUAGCUAUGUAUUUACCUUGCACAGUAGCUGUUGCCCCCGACAAUCUGAAGCCUAAUGCCACCAACUCGUGUGCUUUUUCUUUUGAUAAUACCUGUGGUGAGUUAGAAAACUUGUUCGCUUGUUUAACUGUGUAAUAAAUAUACGCAAGGGGGCGUUAGUUGGUUACAUGAAAUAAGUCUACGCAUUUUAUAGUAGCCGUCCUCCCCACUUUUCGAAACAAACUGAUGCUAUUGAUUGUGUUGCAAGCAUCAAAAUCAAACCUGGCUCAGUUUUUGUGCAGGACAUUAUCGACCAUCAAAGCCUUUGUGCAAAAUUAGAGUUGUCAUUUAAAUGAUCUUGUGUGCAUGGCUUUCCAAUAAUGGUCUGCCCUUAAACGUUUUAGUUAUGCUUUCAUUAUUUAUGUGUUGUUGUUGUUGUUGUUGUUGCUUUGGUUGUGUGUGAGUUUUGGUGCAGACAAAAGUUGAUGGAGCAGAGGGGCAUUUGGACAGAGUAGCCCCCGGCCAAGACAUAUAAUCGAGUUCUCAAUGAUAUGCAAAUCUGCGAGGAUUACUUCUGUGUGCAUCAUAGUUUUUCUAAAAUGUCAUGAUUAUGUCAAUUAUUUUUUAUUUGUGAGCGGUCCAAAAAUGUAAUGGGGUUCAUUUUGGCUCUGGCUAGUUCUCUUUACUAAGUUUUAUGAAAAUCAGGACAGUUAUUUUUUCCAUUAAACUGCUGACAAACAGACAAACUGCAAAAAGACAACCUCCUCUGCAGAGGUAAUGAGAACAUAAGCAAAGAUUUGUCAGUUUAGAAGUGUCUGCAUUUGACAAAGUGUUUAGUCAUUCUGCAGAAAUGUGUUUUUAAACCUUAACAAUGCAAGUUUUAAAUAUGUGACACCUCAUAAACUAAGAGAUAGGCUCUUGCUAUUUGUGCUGUUUUUAUUGUUAGACAUCACCAACACUGAGUGAAGGACACCUAUCCAGAUAUUUGUUAAUGAAGCAAACUGAAAAUUCAGGGUUGUUGAACAUUCAUGAAUUUUUUAUGUGCUUAUGUGAUUCAGUAUUCAGCGUGGUGAACUUGAGAUGAAAUGAUAGUACCAAUAAAUAAACAUUCGUCUCUACAAAAUGCACAAGUGAGCUUUAAAAACGUGGUUCUGUUCCUGUCCAAAGAAAAAAAGUUAGUUUCACUGGAAAGUAUUGUAGCAGCCCCUGGCAUAAUUGAGAAUAGCGUGGGGUUCUUAAUGAUCCAAAUCCUGUAUUCUUCAUCGAGCCCGGUGAAGCUAAACGCCAAAUAAAGUCGUCAAUAAGCCUUUCAGGUUGGCACAAUGGGUUUCAAAUUCAUGAGUACAGAGAAAAGCACAAAUUAAUUCAGGUUCAAACACAUUCCUCGUGACUCAUUUUCUUAAAACACUCAUUAACACAAUAUCUUUCACUCAAAUAACAAUAUCCAUCAUCCCUAAAUUAAACCAUAAUACAUGGAAAACAAUAGAUUUGAAGUGUAAAAAAAUGGACCUCGCUCCACUUACCACACACCUGCCUGGAGACCUGCACCAAUCACAGUGCAAAACUCCAACGUUGACAGCAGCUGCUCACUGUGCACUGCACAUAUACACUAGCAACAUACUCCAAGAAGUGUCUCAACCACUCCUGGUGUGUGUGAGCCAAGCGUAUGGAGACUCUACUAGUUCUAGGACCCCAAAACAAGACACUGAUGGCCACUUUCAAGCGUCAAAUUCACUUGUUCCUGCAAACAGAAACUUGACUCAGUUGUUUUUUGUGCAAAACUUUUCCGAUCUGUCUCACUUAAAAUGUAUGCAUUCAAGAGGAACUUUCUGUUUCUGGGGAAUUUGGCACCCCCCUGUGGUCAGGAAGUCUUUGCCAAUUUUUUUCAUCCUACACUCUUUCACAAGUCGAAUCUAUCACUUAUGAAGACGCCCCAACAGUGGUCUCAGACCUUUAAAAUAGCUAUAUAGUCGGGCUGGGAUGAUAUGCUUUUCUCCAGUUUCGAUUCUUCUAUGAUUUUUUGGAUGCCGAUUCGAUUUAAAUUGCGAUUCUACGAUAUUGUCCAUUUUCUCGAUUUUUAGUCUGCAGUUGUAACACCAAUGAAACAGUUGAAUGAUUAUUAUUGUCCACUGACUAUUCCAGGAACCAUUUUUCCCCAAAAAUUAAACAUCAAAUGUAAUGUCAGUUUUUAAGAUUUAUUCUUUCAUUUGAAAAAAAAAAAAAAAGAUUUUUGAACAAAAAAAAAAAAAUAGAUUUAAAAAUUGUAAAAAAAAAAAUUCCAAUACUUAUGUGAAUCGAUUUUUUCUCCCACCUCUACUAAAUAGGAAAAAUCACUAUUCCUGUUAAUGAUCCGCAUUGCUGUAUUAGGUCAUGAAGGGGUUUCAGUUUUCAUAUUAGUCUUUUAUCACCUGCUAAAAGCUCGUCACCGGACCUCUAAAAGAAGUCAGUAAUUUGUUGCUCCAGAUUGAUUUGUUGAAUCGGUAUUAUCCCCGCCCACAAGACUGAUGUAUGACAAAUGGUUAUUGAAACCUCGUGUUGACCUCUUGUAUUUCAUUCCUUGUUCACUCUCACAGGAAACCCAAAGUUGAAAAGACGAAAUCUGACAAAGAUGCUGACCAACAGCAGCAGCAGCAGCAGCUGCCCAAGAAGAAGAAAGGAUUCCUGCCCGAAACAAAGAAGCGUAAAAAGCGCAACAAGCCUGUUUUGGAGCCAGCAGCUGCAGCAGGAGCAGACAACUCCACCUCCUCAGACAAAAAAGGAGCAGACAAAGGACAAGCCAAAAAGAAACAUGACAAGAAAACUAAACAGAAACGACCUGCUGACGGCGUGACUGCGUCUCAACCAAACCCAGCCAAGAAGAGCAAGACGCAGUCUGAGAGCACGCCGGCCAAGAAGAAGAAGAAGAAACCCAAACAGAAGAAAGAGGGAGGAAGCAUGUGAGGUGGACUCUAUUUAAGUGUUUUUCCUUUUAAAGAGGAGAGGAGGUGUUUUUCAUCCGUUGAUUUUCUAUUUCUUAAAGUUUACAGUUCAGUCCUGAUAUCAUGUUAAAUAUUUCAACUGAGAUAGUUUGAUAUUUACCACUUCACAACUUUAAAUGUGAGACAAGUGAAUAGAAAUGAAUUAUUUUUCAAAUGUGACUGCUAUUGAUGAGAAAACUAUAACCACAACAAUAAAUUCAUUUCUCUUCCAGUAAA